UACUACGUCCCCCAACGGUUGACUGACUAAUUUUGUCCAUCCCAUAAUCUUCGUCGUUCCAUUCCCACUCUAUUUCCGUCCGCCGGAGUAGGAAUAAUGGAAGAUCUACAAGGUAUCUAUGCUCUAUAAAAACUGAUCAGCGCUUCAAAACAUCUCAACCGAGUCUCAACCCAUGGCGUCAUCCUCUUUCUCCCAGCUCGCUGUCCUUACAUUACUUUUUUUAAGCAGUUGCCUAGCCAACGCCGGCACAAUUGCCGUCUACUGGGGUCAGAACGGCAAAGAGGGAACUCUCUCCGAUACCUGCGGUACAAAAAACUACGGCUACGUAAUCCUCUCUUUCCUAACCGUCUUCGGCGGUGGCCAAACACCCGUUCUCAACCUAGCUGGUCACUGCGAUCCUCCAUCAGGAACUUGCACAAGCCUAUCCUCUGACAUCAGCUCAUGCCAAUCCCUCGGCAUCAAAGUCCUACUCUCCCUCGGCGGCGACUCAAGCGGUUACUCUCUUUCUUCGUCUGAAGAUGCCAGCAAUGUUGCCGCCUGCCUAUGGAAUAAUUUUCUUGGCGGCACUUCCAGUUCCCGCCCGCUUGGUUCGGCCGUUCUCGACGGAAUCGAUUUUGACAUCGAGGCUGGUGGCUCCGACUACUACGACACCCUCGUGCAGACGCUUGCAAACUACGGGGAUCAAGCAGGCAAAAAGGUGUACCUGUCGGCCGCGCCGCAGUGCCCUUACCCUGAUGCGCACUUGGAUAAGGCAUUGGCCACAGGCUUGUUCGACUAUGUUUGGGUUCAGUUUUAUAACAAUCCGCCGUGUCAAUAUGCGAGUGGGAGCGCAGAAAAUUUGAUUAAUGCGUGGGGACAGUGGACGCAGAGUGUGAAGGCGUCUGCGUUUUUCGUGGGGUUGCCCGCGUCUCAGGAUGCUGCGCCGAGUGGAGGUUAUAUACCACCUAGCAACUUGGUGUCGCAGGUGCUGGCGGCGGUGAGUAUGUCCUCCACGUAUGGGGGAAUAAUGCUGUGGAGUCGAUACUAUGACUUGCUUAAUGGAUAUAGCGAUGCAGUUAAGGGCAGCGUUUGAGACAGGAGGAAGAUCUGGU